AUGGAUCACCGCCACAAGAGGGAUGUGUAUACAUCGCAUACGGAGCGCAGUAGCUCAACGCACAUUCGCCAGGUGCAGAAUGUUGCUUUUGCCGAUGCAACGGCCAAGGCCAAUGUUAGGCCGUGGACAAAGGCUAUGUUUAAGCUUUAUCUCUGUCUGUUCAUCGCCACAUUAAACUCUUGUAUCAACGGGUACGACGGAUCACUCAUGGGGGCUAUCAACAGUUACCCUCAGUACCGAGGAUACUUUGGCUUCGACCCCCACGAAGGAACCCCCAGUACUGGAAUCGUCUAUGCCAUAUAUACCAUCGGCAACCUAGUCGGUUCAUUCGUCGCUGGUCCAGCUACAGACUUUAAGGGAAGAAAAUGGGGAAUGUGUAUCGGUACUUCCAUCAUCAUCGUCGGUGCCUGUAUCCAAGCAACAUGCGUCAACCUUGGUGGUUUCAUGGGCGGUCGCUUCGUCCUCGGUUUCGGCGUCGCCAUCACAUCAACCGCCGGUCCCGCCUACGUAUCCGAGAUGGCCCAUCCAUCCUACCGCGGCGUCUGCACAGGCAUCUUCAACACCUUCUGGUACGUCGGCGGUAUUCCAGGCUCUUUCGUUCCCUACGGAACCAGCAAUAUCCCCGGCACAUCGUCCUGGCGUAUCCCGAUAUGGCUUCAAUUGAUUUUCUCCGGCAUAGUAUUGGUAUGCUCGCCAUUCCUACCAGAGACUCCUAGAUGGCUCAUCGCAAACGAUCGACAUGAGGAGGCAUUAGACACCAUGGCGCGUUUCCACGGCGAGGGCAAUCGUGACUCACCCAUUGUGAAGCUAGAAUACAAAGAAAUGGUCGAAGACAUCAGCGUCACAGGCUCCGAUAAACGAUGGUGGGACUACCGCGAACUCUUCAACUCACGCGAAGCCCGCUACAGAACCGGUUUAGUCUUUUGCAUGGCGUUUUUCGGCCAAUGGUCUGGAAACGGUCCUGUAUCUUACUACUACCCUACCAUGCUUCAGGGAGCAGGUAUAACCAACAACCAUACCCGCCUUCUAUACAACGGCAUGCAAAACGUCGUUUCCUUCGCUGGGGCCAUCUUCGGCGCUAUUUAUACGGAUUCCUGGGGGCGACGUCCCCAGCUGCUCGUCUCGACCGCGCUACUGGUUGGCGUGUUUGCCAUUGUAUGCGCACUCGUUGCUACGAACUUGAAAACGGGUCCGGAUGGGAAACCAAUAUACAUUGGCGACAACGGUACGCCUGAGAUCAAGAGACCGGGACAGGCGAGAGCAGUUAUUGCGUUUGUCUUCAUCUGUGGGUUCAUCUAUUCAACGGGGUAUACGCCGUUGCAGCAGCUUUAUCCCGUGGAGUGUCUGAGAUAUGAAAGUAGGGCAAAGGGAAUGGCGUUUUACAACUUUUGGGUCAACAUUGCGAAUUUUUAUAAUACCUUUGUUACGGGGAUUGCGUUUUCCGGAGCGGGUUGGAAGUACUACUUCUUAUUUAUCUUCUGGGACAUCUUUGAAUUCAUCGUCAUCUACUUCUUCUUUGUCGAAACACGGCGUCGUACCCUCGAGGAAAUCAGCGAAAUCUUCAAUGCGAAACAACCUGUUAAACAUUCUUUGAACAAAACACGUAUCAUCGUGCAUGGAAACGGAAGGGGUGUAACGGAGAUGUUGGAUAAAGAGGAGAUGGUCAUGGAGAGAGAUUUUGGUGUCGAUACAGAUCUUGUUAGGGGAAGAAAUGGAGAGAGGAGAAUGAGGGAUUCGGCGGGGAGUGAGGGCAGGCUUGUGAGUCAGGAAUCUGUAAGGGAGAGUUUGAGGGAUAGGGUUAUGGAUGGGGGAUGGGGAGGGUGA